AUGUCUUCGAACCAAAUGAACACCCAAGUGGCACCAUCCACAUACGUUUCAGUCGACGUAGCCCAACGACAUGAAUAUGGCAUCCAGAAGAAUCGCAAAGCGGCUUCUACUGGCGGUGGCAGAGCAUGGAGCGAGGAUGAGGAAGUUUAUCUUCUUCAAACCCGUCUUCAGAAAAUGCCUUAUAAGCACAUUGCUGCUCAUCUGAAAAAGACGGAAUUGGCUUGCCGUCUCCACUACCAUCAAUUAUCCCACGGAAGCAACCGUCGCAAGCGCACCAACUCGAUGACUUCUUCCGGAAGCUCCACGUCUGAAUUUUCCAGCCUUCCUCUUCGCAUGCCAUCGCCAAUCAACGAGUCUACUUUUCUCCCCGCAACACCACCUACCUACAAUUACUCACCCCAAUCACCUCAGCACGUGCAACUCCCAUCCGCAUCUUCCCUCCUCUCCCGCUCAGCCUCCAACAGCCCUGCCCGAACCCUCUGCCACCCCAUCGCAAUUCUCCCCAAACCCACCCCUUCUCGACGCAACAUCCCCGAAUCCACCACCAACCAAUCCCUCCGCCUCAAUUGCAUCGUAACCUCGACCCCCAUCACCGUCCCCAGCGUAGACAAAGAGCGACUCCGUCGCAUCUACGAAGCUCACCGUACCUCCUUCUGGAACGUCAUUGCAUCCGAGUAUGGCGGCGGUGUCUCCUCCCUCUUACUCGAGGAAUCUUGGAAACAAGGCGUGGCUCCCAAUUCCAAUUCCAAUGGACCUCCUACCCCUUGUGUAUCGCCUGAUACACAUAUGCCUAAUCUUAACCGAGCGAGCUAUCACUACAAUACUCAUACUCAUACUCACGCCCCGCAACGUCUGCCAACGCUAGUUCAGGAAGCUAAGAAUAAUACGACGAGUAUUUCGGCUCUGUUGGGUAUUGAUGCUAGUCCUCGCAGCCCAAAGGAGAGAGAAAUGAUUAAGAGAUUGGAGGAAAGAAGGGAGAUGUGUUAA